AUGCAGUGUCUCGCCAACGAUACCGUUUAUCAAAUAUUAAUAAAUCUCACCAAAGAUGAGGCAACUUCCUUCCGAAAUACUAUCGAGAAAACGCUCGAAGACUUUUCUAUGGGCAGCGAGGGCCAGUACCAGCCUGAGCCUAGUGCCAUCAGUCGACCCAAUGGUCAAAGGACUCUCUUUCGAGGUUUUACCUCCGAUGCGAGCGUCGGUGCGAAGAUCAUUGUUGAGCCUGCGCCCGUGCAUAAUGGAAAAAAGGAAGCUCUACAUGGCAUUUUGAUCCUGAUGGACGGAAAUGGAAACCCCACUAGUGUUCUAGGUGCUGAGGAAGUGACUGGCUAUCGCACUUCUAUGAAUGUCAUGGUGCCCUUCUCCUGGAGGAAACAUGUUGACAGUAUUAUCAUUUUUGGGUGUGGAGUGCAAGCCUUAUGGCAUGCUCGCCUCAUUUUGACUCUUAGAGGUUCUGAAGUCAAGACCAUCACUUUUGCGAAUCGUUCCAGAUACAAAUUCGAUGAAUUGAUCGAAACGCUGUCUCGUGAAAACAAGACCCGUUGGAUGUCAGGCUGCUCUUUUCAUCAUAUCGAUACCACUGCAACCGAUUUUCAACAGCAGAUCAAGACUUGUCUGAACGAAGUUGACUGCAUCUUCUGCACCACUCCUUCUCAAAAGGCUCUUUUCCCCGCUGACUACUUAACUCGAAGGAGUAGGAACGGGCAGCGCCAGCCUUUCAUUUCAGCUGCUGGUUCCUGGCAGUCAGAUAUGAUGGAGCUCGAUCCCGCAUUGUUGCACCAUGCUAUAGCCACUGAAGGCGGUUAUAACCCCGUUAAUGGCAACGCCCAUGGUGUCGUGCUUGUGGAUGACCGAAAUUAUUCUCUUUACAAUUCAGGAGAGGUGGUUCAGAGUAAAAUCGCCGCAAGAGACAUGGUUGAAUUGGGGGAGAUAGUUUCUCUAAGAAGCGGAAAAACCAAGCCUCUCAACAACCAGCACAUUGAGCUGACAAAUCGGUUUAUUUCACAGGGCUUCGUUGUCUACAAAAGCAUCGGGGUCAGUCUCACUGAUUUGACGGCAGCAAAUGCCAUUGUAGCACUCAGAAAGAAGAAACAGAGCCAGUUUUAA